AUGAAAAUUCCUAGGAUCCUGAGUCGAGGUUUCAUCUUCAUUCGCAGAGACGCCCCAACUUUUGGAGCUGGUGGGGUCUUCGGCAAUCUUGUAUUUCACCGAGGUUUCUCUGCACACUCUGAGGACCCGGAACUGAAGGAUUUCAUCGAUUACUUGGACAAUCUGAAGAAUUAUGAGAAAUCUGGGGUUCCCAAAGGCGCAGGGACGGACUCGGAUGAGGGUUUCGAUCUGGGAAGGAUGAGGAGGUUAAUGGAACGACUUGGUAACCCCCAAUCCAAAUACAAGGCCAUUCACAUUGCUGGGACUAAAGGAAAAGGAUCAACUGCUGCAUUUCUCUCCAACAUCUUAAGGGCACAAGGCUAUUCAGUUGGAUGCUAUACUAGGCAUAAUAGCCCACAUAUUCGAACCAUUAGAGAGCGCUUAUCUGUAGGAAGCUCAGGCGAGCCAGUCUCCAUCUACUCAUUGAAUUAUUUGUUCCAAAGUAUUAAGAAGCUUCUUGAUCAGGCUGUGAAAUUUGAAAAUGGGCAUCUAAGCCAUUUUGAGGUUUUCACUGGUAUAGCAUUCAGCUUAUUUGCUCAGGAGAAUGUUGAUAUUGCUGUUAUCGAGGCGGGAUUGGGGGGAGCACGGGAUGCAACAAAUAUUAUUUCGAGCUCUGAGCUUGCUGCUUCAGUGAUAACAUCAGUUGGUGCAGAACAUCUGGCUGCACUUGGGGUGGUGCUAGGUGGGCCAUUUCUUCCACACAUUGAGCAUAUUCUUCGUGAUAAAGCCUCUUCAAUGUCUUCACCUGUAGUUUCUGCAUCUGACCCUGGAAAUAGAAGUAAAUUAAAAGGCCUGAACAAUUUAUGUGGAAAGCCAUGCCAAUCUUGUGAUAUAGUCAUCCAAAUCGAGAAGGACUUUCAACUGUUUAUUGAACUGUUAGAUGUAAAACUCUCAAUGCUUGGAUCUCACCAACUCCAAAAUGCUGCAACUGCCACUUGUGCUGCUUUAUGCCUUCGUGAUCAAGGUGCAGACUCUUCUUCAUUUUUCUCAGUAGAAAUAGGGUCCACAUCAAGCAAUAAUCUUGUGCCUGCUCUUCUCGUGUGCUUUAGAAAAGUGAAGGGUUUCCAGUGGCUCAUCUGGAAGCUCAAGCACUGGGAGUUUCCUGGAGCUGCCAUCUUGCUUGAUGGAGAUGAUAUUUCCAAGAAAAAAUUGGUUCUUGUUGUUGCUAUGGCAAAUGACAAAGACCAUUUAGGUUUUGCAAGAGAACUACUUUCUGGCUUCCAGAGAUAUGGGAUUAACAUUAUUGACUGUGGAGUUGCAGACAGUGACAAGUUGUUGGAGCAAGCAAUUCAUUCCCCAGGUGAACUAGUACGGCAAGUUAUAUUGACACAAAGUUCAUUAGAGGCAUCCAUGAGGUUGGGAAAUCAAAUUCUUAAAGCAAAAGCGCAAGACGAAUCAGGUAUCAUUGUAGCUACUGGAUCUCUUCAUAUAGUCUCAUCUGUGCUAGGCAUGAUCCGAGGAUAA